AUGAUAAAGUAUGCCCCUAUUAAUGGUGAUCAUGGAGUUAUUUGUACAGUUGAUUUACCUAUUUAUAGAACAAAAGUUAAUGAAAAUAUUGUUUUUUUUUGUUUUCAUACAGAAGUUCGACCAAAAUUAGAUGGUAAAGAUUGUUGGGAAAAAUUAACUUUUAUUUAUUUACAAGAUCAGAUUCCAAUGCUAUUAGGAGAUUUACUUGAAACAAAUCUACAUGCUAAAUUAAUUUUACCACCAUGUCCAAGAAGUCAACAAGAAUUAAAGCAGGUUUAA